AUGGCUUUGUGCACUCCAUCUGUCCUCGUACCGCAAUUUUCUAUCCCCAAAAUUCCAGAUUUUCAUUAUCUUCACCUCGCCAAAUCUACUCAAAGAAGAAGAGGAACAAAUAAAAUCGGAGCUAUAAAUUUUUCCAUGGCCACUGCAAAUGCAGCUAAAUAUGACCGUGAUGAUAAACCCACAAAGUUGGUCACUUUCUUGGGUAAAGGUGGCUCUGGAAAAACCACUGCUGCUAUUUUUGCAGCUCAGCAUUACGCUAUGACAGGGCUCAAGACAUGUUUGGCCAUACAUUCUCAAGAUCCUGCAGCUGAAUUUCUUCUGAACUGUAAGAUUGGACCAUCUGUUGUCAAACUCAACAACAACCUCUCAGCCGUUAGAUUGGAAACCACAAGUAUGCUCCUUGAACCUCUUAAACGGCUGAAGCAAGCUGAUGCCCAUCUGAACAUGACCCAAGGUGUUUUGGAAGGGGUGGUAGGGGAAGAGCUUGGUGUACUUCCUGGCAUGGAUUCUAUAUUUUCAGUUUUGGAACUUGAGCGACUUGUAGGAUUCUUGGUCAAUGCCGUCCAGAGGAAUGGCGAGAGAGAUAAGUUUGACGUAGUUGUAUAUGAUGGUAUAAGUACCGAAGAAACAUUACGUAUGAUAGGUGCAACCAGUAAAGCUAGAUUAUACUUGAAAUAUAUGAGGUCACUGGCUGAAAAGACUGAUUUCGGGAGGGUAACUGGUCCAUCUAUCUUGAGACUUGUUGACAAAUUCUUGAGUCUGAGUGGCAAGAGUACAAAUCUUAAUGGGAGAAUGAGUUCAGAAAUAUGGGAUUAUCUAGAGCAAGCAUUAGAGAAAGGAUCUUCUGUGUUUGCAGAACCUCAGAGAUUUGGCUGCUAUAUUGUGAUGGAUCCAACCAACCUGUUAUCUCUAAAUUCUGCAAUGCGCUACUGGGGAUGCGCAAUUCAAGCUGGUGCACAAAUUUCCGGUGCAUUUGGCAUCUCAUCACCAAAUGGUCCUGAGGCACUAGCCGAGAUUGGAAAAAACUUUUCACCUUUGCCUUGUGUUUUCUUUCCAUAUCUCGAAGUGGUUGAGGAUCUAAACUGGAAUGAGAUCAUGGCGAGCAUACCUAGUAAAAAUGCACGAGAUCUUCUAUCAUCGUCCACCAGCGAGAGCUCUCCAUCGGUCAAAUUUGAUCCAUCCAAUAAAUCCAUGACGCUCUUCAUGCCAGGUUUUGAUAAGUCAGAAAUCAAGCUUUACCAAUUUAGAGGUGGGUCGGAGUUGCUGGUUGAAGCAGGUGAUCAAAGGCGUGUCAUUCAACUGCCAUCAAAAAUCCAAGGGAAGGUAGGUGGAGCUAAGUUUAUAGACAGGAGUCUUAUAAUCACAAUGCGAUAG